CUCGAGACAUCGGCUCGAGUCAGCGAGAUUGUGAUGAUCUAUCAAAGGCUUGGACGGCAGGAGGUCUCCGUGAAUCGAUGAGUAGAACUUCUAUAUAAGUAACUGAGGAAUCUCUUUAAUGGCGUAAUACUUGUCCCCCAUCUCAACAUCUCUCACUCACACAACUGUCUCUUUCGCAACGACUUCACUACCAAAAAUCAACUUGCCCCUCUUUCAACCUCAAUCAAAAACCACCACUACAAACAACAGCCAAAAUGCAGUUCCCUACCUUCGCCGUCCUCGCCAGCAUCAUGGUCGCUGGCGCUUCCGCUCAGACCACCUACGAGACCGCAAACUACCUGUCCGUCUGCCAGCAGGGCACCAACCUCUUCUGCACGGGCAACACCGGCGUCUGCCAGAAGGGCAAGACGGACACCUUUGACGCCAAGGCUACCAAGGCCAACGAGGACUCCUGCAAGGGCCUCAAGCGCGGCGACGGCUGCACCCAGACUGUCGCUUGCGUCUAAAUUCCCUGUACGAAAUCAUUUUUUGGUCAUUUUGAAGCGAUGAAGGAGAGAUUGAUGAUUUUUGGCAUGGGCGGUAGCGUUGCUGUUUAGCAGAAGCAUUGGGGAGGGAAGGGGUAGGCGGGUUGGGCACGGCAACCGCUGCACCAAGAUCGCAACCGAGG